AUGGCCGUCCAGGCCAUACACCUCCUCCUCGCCACGGUUCUACCGUGCGCCGCCCUCGCCGCCUUCUCCCCGGACUUCCAAUUUUUCCUUGCAUGCGGCGCCAACUCCUCCGUCUCCUUCCCGCCCGACUCCACCGCGCGCACCUUCGUCUCGGACGCCGACUACCUCUCUCCCGUGGACGCCCCGGCAGUGUCCACCAGCUCCACCCCGACCUCCCCGCCAGCUCUGUACGCUGCCGCGCGCGCAGACAUCUCGGCCUUCUCGUACCGCCUCCCCUACCCUGUCUCUCCGGACGGGUCGUCAUUCCUCGUCCUGCGCCUCCACUUCUUCCCCUUCUUCCCCGCCAACUCCUCCCAGUCUGUCGUCAACAUCUCCUCCUCUCGCUUCGCUGUCUCGAUGCUUGACACCUACGACCUGAUGUUCUCCUUUAGGCCACCGGCAGCCGGGGUCGUCAAGGAGUUCUUUGUCCCGCGGGGCGUGUCGGGCGCCAACUUCACCAUCACGUUCACCCCGGACGCCGACUCCUCCGCGUUCGUCAGUGCCAUCGAGCUGUUCCCGGCACCGCCAGAGCUGCUGUGGAACAACACGGCGACGCCUGUGGACGCUGCAGAGAGAGACGAGAUGGGCCGGUGGGAGGAGGGCAUGUGGCAGGAUGACCUGUGGCAGCAGCAGCCGAUGGAGACGGUGUAUCGCCUCAACGUCGGCGGGCCCAUGGUGACUAUUGAGAACGACAUGCUAUGGCGUACGUGGCUCUCCGACGACCCCUACCUGCUCUACGGGGGGCAGUCGGAGCUCAAUUCGACCUCCAGUCCGAUAAUCUACGACCCGUCCAACGGAUACUCAAGGGAGGUGGCGCCCGACGUCGUGUACCAGACCCAGCGCGCGGCGAACUUCGACCUCACGUGGAUGUUCCCGGUGGUGCCGGGGUCCCGCUACCUUAUCCGCCUCCACUUCUGCGACUAUGAAGUUGUCAGCUCCGUCGUCGGGGUUGGCAUCGUGUUUGACGUCUAUAUUGCGCAAGCCAUUGGAACUCCAGACCUCUCGCCGACUGCUCGGGCAACUCAGUCGAACGAGGCCUUUUACAUGGACUACGCGGCCAGGGCGCCGAGCGCCGGGAACCUCACCGUCAGAAUCGGCGGGUCGGCGAAAAGCAUCGGAAGCCGCAUACUGAACGGGCUGGAGAUCAUGAGGAUACAGCCCGUCGAUUUGAGGUCGAGGGGGUCGCUCGCGGCAAAGAGAAUCGUUAUCAUCACUAUGUCAGCAAUUGUCGGCGCCAGCGUUCUUGCUUGCGUGGUGUUAGGCUUUUUCGCCGUGCCAUACACGAAGGACGGCGCCCCCGGCUGGGCUGAGCAGUUGAGGAACCUGUGGUCUAGAGAGGGGAAGGCCGGCGGGAUGGAGAGGGUGAGCACGAAGCUGCACAUCUCGCUGGCGAAGGUCAAGGCCGCCACGGACAACUUCCACGAGCGCAACCUCAUCGGCGUGGGCGGGUUCGGGAACGUGUACAAGGGCGUGCUCGGUGACGGCACGCCCGUGGCGGUGAAGCGCGCCACCCGCGCCUCGCAGCAGGGGAUGCCGGAGUUCCAGACGGAGAUCGUGGUGCUGUCCGGCAUCCGGCACCGGCACCUGGUGUCGCUCAUCGGGUACUGCAGCGAGCAGGCGGAGAUGAUCCUGGUGUACGAGUACAUGGAGAAGGGCACGCUGCGGAGCCACCUGUACGGCUCCGACGCGCCGGCGCUGUCGUGGAGGCAGCGGCUGGAGAUCUGCAUCGGCGCCGCGAGGGGCCUGCACUACCUGCACCGAGGAUACGCGGAGAACAUCAUCCACCGCGACGUCAAGUCGACCAACAUCCUCCUCGGGUGCGAAAACGACGGCGGCACCGGCGGCGUGAUCGUGGCCAAGGUGGCCGACUUCGGGCUGUCGCGUGUGGGGCCGGCGUUCGGGGAGACGCACGUGAGCACGGCGGUGAAGGGCAGCUUCGGGUACCUGGACCCGGGCUACUUCAAGACGCAGCAGCUGACGGACCGGUCGGACGUCUACUCCUUCGGCGUGGUGCUGCUGGAGGUGCUCUGCGCGCGGCCGGUGAUCGACCAGAGCCUGGAGCACGGCCAGAUCAACAUCGCCGAGUGGGCGGUGAGGAUGCGCCGGGAAGGAGGGCUCGACAGGAUCGCCGACCCACGGAUCGCCGGCGAGGCGGACGAGGAGUCGCUGCGCAAGUUCGCCGAGACCGCGGAGAAGUGCCUGGCAGACUGCUGGGUGGACCGGCCGUCCAUGGGCGACGUGCUGUGGAACCUGGAGUACUGCCUGCAGCUGCACGAGGCGAACGUCAUCGGGGACGAACUCGGCAACAGCGGCGCCGUCGCCCCGCAGCUCCCGAGGGUCGUGAGCGUGAGCUUGUUGACGGACGACGUGGACGAGACUUGCUUGAGCAUGCCCGAGGUCGACGAGAGCAAGGUGAUCUCGCAGCUGAGCGCCCGCGGCGAGGGGGACGAUGAUCUGAAGUUGGUGCACCAAUUGUAG